AUGACAACUAAUGGUAGAUUAGAGGUAUUGCUGUUGGAAGCUGAAGGUAUCAAAGACAGAGACAAAUGUCUUGUAGGUUGUUUGAAUUGGGUAAAUCCUUGUAGACUUGCAGCAAAGCCAUACGUUCGUAUUCAAUAUGAAAACCAAGAGCACACCAGCUCUGUAGGAAAGGGGAGAGGGGAGAAGAGACAGUGGAAUGAAAAGUUUACGUUUGACGUCAAUUAUCCGGCCGGCGACGGCAGAGAAGAUCACGUCUAUAAACUGGUGCUCCACAUCAUGGACAAACAUAAGUACAAUCAAGAUGAACCUGUUGGCCAGACCACGGUAUACAUUAAAGAUAUACUGUCCUUGGGAGCUGAAAAGGGAAAGCUGGAGGUUGAACCUCGAGUUUACAGAAUUGUUGAAUCAGACAAGUCCUACACUGGCCAGAUUUCUAUUGCCCUUACUUUCCUCAAGGGCGAAGAUGAAACACAAGGAGAUAUAGGGGGAUGGAAGGAAAGCGAUGUUCAAGAAUGA